ACUGUAGUCAUAUCUUGAAUAUGGACAACAUUCAUUUGCUAGAAGUUCAGUCUCCUCAAUUAUCCUUUGAAAAUUCCCAUGUAAAGGCUCCAGGUGAAAUAACAAAAAGUAGUCACAUGCUUUUUCCCAUGCAACUUACAAAUGAAAACUUUUACAAACACACUUUUGUGAUAAAUUCAAUUGAAAAUUUUGAAAAGUAUGACACCAAAGAAUGCUUAUCUUCUCAGCAAACAGAUGACAGUCCUCUGACAGUAAUCAAACAUGUGAAAGAAGAAUAUUUUCCUAAUGAUGUUAUUGAAAAAGACAUCUCAAAGACAUUUUCCAAACAUCAAUUGAUAUCAGGUGCAGAAUUUACAAACUUGAAGAGAAAGUAUUCAAAUACGAACCAAAGCUUUCUUUACACAGGAUCUUCUAAAAUUUCUUCAGAUUUUAUUAAAGGUAAUCAGAAUUCAUCAAAGAAGAUUUUAGUUUCUCCUCAUCCUUUUGAAAUAAAAGAAGAAUCUGAAAAAUAUGAUGUAAACAACCUUCAACCAUUAUUUAAUGAUGUGUUGAUGAAGAAGUUUCAUUCACCAAUUCAGAAUCUGCACUCUCAAAGUGGAGCUGGCCUUAUUAACACCACAGAAAGUCCUUACCAGCAAACUAACUCUGUUGAUUUACCAAAUUCUCAUAAAUCAUUCCAGCAACAAGGGACUCCUUCUCUCUGCCAUCAAUUCACAAAAGAAAGCUCGAGAAAACCUCAAAAAGAAAAUGUGAAACCUUUGACAGAAAUAAAAUUGGAAGAAAUACUGGAUAACUGCUGGAAUGUUCCUAUUGAUGAAAACCAAGAACUCGGCAAUUUGGAAUUACAGAAUCUCAUAACCAAACUAAGAGAAUAUUUACCCAAAAAUGACUUGUUACACAAACCUACUCUGGAAGAUGUUGUAAUUGCUACUGCAAACUAUGCACUGGAACUUGAUAUGAUGAUACAAAAGGAUAACGAUAAAACUUCAUGUAAUGGCGAAACACGUUCUUCUUGUCAAAAGAACUGUUCAAGCAAUAUUAAGCGACCCCAAAAUGGUUUCAUUAGAUUUUCUGUGGAGAAAAGAGCUGAAGUUGCUGCCAAGAAUCCUCACCUUGAUAACAGGAAUAUCUCAUGUGUCUUGGGAUCUCAGUGGAAACUUUUAUCUAAAGAAAAUAGGGAACAUUACCAGCGGAAAUUUGAAACAGAGAUGAAAGAUUUACGCAAGAAGCAUCCAGAUUGGAUGUAUUCGAAUAAGAAAAGUGAUGUGGAUGUCAUUUUAGAAGUGAUGCCAACACGCUUAAGACCAGCAGAGAAACGGAAGAAAAAGGUCUUAGACAUAUUUGAUGACAUCCCCACUAAGAAGAAAAUAAUGUCGAAGAAACGAACAUCGAAACGUAUUCCAAGAUGUAAAGAGAAUGUAAAAAACUCAAAAUGCCAUAAAUGUAAAAGCAAACUGAAAAACAACAAAAGAACCAAAUCUAAAGAAGAGAAGCUGUCUCAUGAGAAAGAUUAUAACAAUGAUGGUAAUAUUAAUAAUAAUUAUAAUAAUAAUAAUAAUGAGAAUGAUGAUAGUGAUGUCUUUGAAGAUAGACUGAUAAUAGAUGAAGCUGUAUCUUCAUUCAAUGUUACAGCAAUGGCAUCAGAAUUUACCAUCAACGGCAGCAGUGAUGUAAUUCUACAUGGAAAUAAAACAUAUUUACCACCUGAAAUGAGUUGGGAAUUACAAAUGAAUACUGAAUAUCCACUUCUGGACUCCCUGUUUCAACCUUCGGUAGAUUCUUGUAACCAAAUUGCUUUUAAUUAAUUCAUUUUGUUUCUCUCAUUUGACUAUUAUUUUAUAUGAUAUUUAAUAAGACUUUGUUAAUCUUGUUUUAAAACUAAUUAUAUAUGAAUAAUUAAUACUCAUUAAUUAUACACACUCAUUAAUAAUACACAGCUAAACAUAUCUAUACUCACCAACAAUAUACAGCUAAAAUCACCUUCUUUACUCACUGACAGUAUGCAGCUAAACUCCUCUUCUCUACUCACCAGCAUAACUACACUCAUCUCAUCUUAAUACACACUCAUUACCUCUACCCAUCAACAAUGCACAGCUGGACUCCUCUGCUCACCCACAAUUUACAACUACAUUCAUCUCAACAAUAUACAACUACACUCAUGUUCUCUAUUCACCAGUAAUGCUCAGCUAAACUCCUUACAGCUCUCUCCUCAACAACAAUCCACAACUACUCUCAAUCUAACCUUUCUCAAGUGCUAAGUUCAAACAGUCUUUUCUAGCAGUGUCUACAACUACACAUUCUUCCCUGAAGUAGAUUUCUUCUCCAGGGCCAGAAAUCCAUCCCUAAUCUCUAAAAAGCUGUAAAAUUUAUUCUCUGUGUUAAUAUGCUCCUGUAUUAGGAAACAGAAAUGGCAGCCAAUGCAUUAUAUACAUAUAUAUACACAUGUAGGAUUCCAUUUUAAGUAAAAAAAAAAAAAAAUUCCAUUCAUUUGAUUACCAAACCUUCAUUUACCAACAUUUUACAGUCAGUGGGCCAUCAUCAGUUCCUAAUCUUGUAUAUUUUUGUUACCUUUUAAGACAAAUUGAUGGUGGAGCAAUAAUUGUUGUUGAUGUUGUUGUAUAUCCCUUGUCAGGCUUGAUUGAUCAGAACUUUGAUCAACGGCUUUCCAUCUGUCUGAUCCUCUCUGUUUUUCUUAGUGCAAAGAAUCCAUGCUGACAUUACCCAGGGGUGAGAUAUGAAGUAGAUUUGGCUGCUAUUUCUAGCAAGCCAAAUGACCAUAUAGUCACCCCCAUUGGCUCAUGGUUCCAACAUGUUAGCUACUAAAAUGUUUUUGUUUUGAUUUUUAUGGCAGUGGCUUGAGAAUGUUUGUAAUACAUUGGUAACUAUGUUCAUACAGUAUAUUUUAAUGACCCCUAUUUUCUGGGAUGUAUACUGCUGUAUGCUACUUCUAAAUAUUACACCUGUUCCUUCUUAUCUUCACAAAACCUGUUACUUAAAAUUGCUAUAAAACUAUUGUUUAUCUUUUAUCUUUUACUUGUUUCAGUCA